UCCUAAUGAUUGUAUCCGGGCCGUGCGCUUUGCUUCCUGUUCCACUUUAUUUCAUAAACUCGGGACACAGAGGAAAGAAAGGAUGCUGUCCUUGUCUCGAGCUGUGGUGAGCGGGGUGGCCCGUGCCCCAGCUGCUGUCAGUCAGGGCGGUGUGACUGCUAUCACACGAUACAACAGCACAGCGCAGAGUGCUCCCAAGAAAACAAAAUUUGGACCGCUGGCAGAUCAGGACAGAAUCUUCACCAACCUUUAUGGUCGUCAUGAAUGGCGGCUGAAGGGGGCGUUGAAGCGUGGUGACUGGUACAAAACUAAAGAGAUUCUUUUGAAAGGAGUCGACUGGAUUCUCAAUGAGAUCAAGAUUUCUGGCCUGCGUGGGAGAGGUGGAGCUGGCUUCCCUACAGGCAUGAAGUGGAGUUUUAUGAACAAGCCCAGCGAUGGUCGGCCAAAGUAUCUGGUGGUGAAUGCAGAUGAGGGAGAACCGGGCACCUGUAAGGACAGGGAGAUCAUGAGGAAUGACCCACAUAAGCUGGUGGAGGGCUGCCUGAUUGCUGGGAGGGCCAUGGGAGCCCGUGCUGCUUAUAUCUACAUCAGAGGAGAGUUCUACAACGAGUCCUCCAACCUGCAGGUGGCUAUCAAUGAAGCCUACGCUGCUGGGCUGAUUGGAAAGAAUGCCUGUGGCUCUGGUUAUGACUUCGAUGUGUUUGUGAUGCGUGGUGCCGGAGCCUACAUCUGCGGAGAGGAGACCGCUCUUAUCGAGUCCCUAGAAGGAAAGCAAGGGAAGCCCCGCCUGAAGCCCCCCUUCCCUGCAGAUGUGGGUGUGUUUGGAUGCCCAACAACUGUUGCCAAUGUGGAGACCGUAGCUGUGGCACCCACCAUCUGUCGUCGUGGAGGCUCGUGGUUUGUCAGCUUUGGCAGAGAGAGAAACUCCGGCACAAAGCUCUUCAACAUCUCUGGGCACGUCAACCACCCCUGCACAGUAGAAGAAGAAAUGUCUAUUCCUCUGAAAGAGCUCAUUGAGAGACACGCAGGUGGGGUCCGUGGCGGUUGGGAUAACCUGCUGGCUGUAAUUCCCGGUGGCUCCUCAACACCCCUCAUCCCCAAGAAUGUGUGUGAAGAGGUGCUGAUGGACUUUGAUGGCCUUAUUCAGGCUCAGACUGGGCUGGGCACCGCUGCUCUUAUCGUCAUGGACAAAUCGACUGACAUUAUUAGAGCCAUCGCCCGCCUGAUUGAAUUCUACAAGCAUGAGAGCUGUGGCCAGUGCACGCCAUGCAGAGAGGGAGUGGACUGGAUGAAUAAGAUGAUGUGGCGUUUUGCCCGUGGCGAUGCACGGCCAGCAGAGAUCGACAUGAUUUGGGAGAUCAGCAAGCAGAUCGAGGGGCACAGUAUCUGUGCCCUGGGUGAUGGUGCGGCAUGGCCCGUGCAGGGAUUGAUCAGGCACUUCAGGCCUGUGAUGGAAAGCCGAAUUGCUGAAUUCCAGCAGCAGCAACAGGCCAGGGCUUGAAUGGCUCCUUCAACUAAUUUUCCUCAGUCACAUGCCCGAAACCCUGUGCGUGUCUUUCACAGAUUAUUUAAAGAAAAGAUAACCUGCCGUCUUAUAAACUCUUCAUAAGCGUUACAUUGAUGUGUCUGCCUUGUGGGAUGAUAGUACAAUAAAGUUCUAUGAUACUUUAAUAAA